UGUAAAUUUGUCAUUUCCAUAUAUUCAACACUUUGAUAAUACAGCAAACAUUUGGGUACAGCCCUGCAGCCCAGACACUCGGAGGUCGGAGUCGUCAGAUAUUCAAUGUCCUGAGAUGGGUCUGGUGAAGGUGUGCAUCGCCAUGGUGCUGCCUCUGGUGGUGCACUGUGUGUGUGAACCCGGGAUUCAGGCCUGUGAGUGGGAGUCUUGGGGUGUGUGGAGCUCCUGCACCAGAACAUGUGCUGGGCUGAGAACCAGAACACGGAAGAUGUGCUGUGGAGUUCAUGUUCCAGACUGUAUCGGUAAAUGCCACCGACCAAACACGUCUGUGGAGACACAGCCAUGUGCGACACACUGCCCCAAUGGUGGAAGCUACAUUGAUGGAUACUGUCACUGUCCUCCUCUCAGAUAUGGAAUUUGUUGUGAACGAGACGAGACGGCUCCGUCUGGUGACUGUGCCCGACACUGCACGUGGAUUAACUGGUUCUCAUGGGGAAACUGCAGCACAAACUGUGGCUGUGCAACACGAACCAGGAAAAGAUGGCGCUGUUGUCAAAGGGGGUUGAACAGUACUGAGUGUACAGCUGAUUGCAACUUCCGGGACAAGAGCACUGAAGAGAGAGUCUGCACUAAACACUGCACCGGGAAUGACCAGAGUCAGACUUGCCAACUAUGUUCCUGGAACAACUGGCAAUCAUGGAACAGUUGCAGCCAGACGUGUGGAGGAGGACAAAGGUCAAGGUCACGGUCACCUUGUUGCUGUGAAGGCCAAUCCAAUAAGGACUGUCUGUUUGACUGCCAGUUGUCGGAGAACGACUCAGUUCAAUCCGAGAACUGCAGUGAAGUUUGUUUCAACAACGGAAGCUUCUCAAGCAGCAUCUGCCACUGUGGACAAGGCUAUUCUGGACCUUGCUGCACUGAUGAGGUAACUGAUGGCAAGUGUACAAAAUGCACCUUGGGGAUGUGGGGACGGUGGGGAUCUUGCAAUGACUCUAAGAACGGGGAGGUAACGAGAAGGCGAUCCCUCUGCUGUCGUGUGGGGCAGAAGGAGAACGAGUGUGACGCCCAGUGUAAGCGAGAGAGACAUGGAACUGUCGACGUGAAACAAUGUGACCUUUUUAUAGUGAAAGUUUCAGAUUCAACCCAACUUCACUUUAUGUACACCAUCAUCGCCUCUGUCGCAUCCGUUGUCUUCACGUCGCUUGUCUGGACUGCUGCUUAUUGCAUCAGGAACAGGAAGUGCAGGGGGCCACCAGGCCAGCAGGGAUCAUGUGAUGUCAACAGUCCAGCUGAAAUGGACAUCUAUCCCAGUCUACAAGCUGAUCGGAGAGACGUAGCUCGUAACGUCAACCAGAAUACAUGCUGUGACAGUGAUGCAUGUGAGCCCGUGUAUGAAAGACCACAAGACCUGUUUAUGUAAUGUGCCCAUGUUGGUGUCCCCUGCCGUGACAUAGCUUGGAUGUUGCUAAAGGCGACGUAAAUCUCAACUUGCUCACUCACUCACUUUUAUGUAAUGCCGACUAUUUUUUCGGUUAAACGUUCGGUUAUAACUUGUUAAACAUUUAUCAAUCACAACACGGCUCGGAUCAGAAUAUGGAGGUUUUGAAGGUUUUCGCCGCCGUUGUUCAAAUCCCAAUUGCGUAGAGUGAUGUUGCUCAUUGGAAUGUCUGGUCCAGAUUCGAUUAUAAACAGACCACCGCCUAUAGCUGGACUAUUGCUGAGUGUGGCGCUAAACGAGCAACAGACCAUUUUCCGUAAGAAAUCUCUGCUAAAAGCAGGACGUGAUGUACAAUUCCGACAGUGUCUUGAGCCACACGUUGGCAUGAGGUAGCCAGAAUGAACUUCUGUCAUAGCACACAUGUGGAAAGUCUUCUUCGCCUCAAGGGUUAUGUUGUCUCAAUACAGAUUGUGUCAAUGUGUUUGUCAUGUUUUCGUUUUGGGUAUGAUAAUAGUACCAAAAGGAGGUUCAGUGGUUAGAUAUAAUUAUUGUGGACCUUUCUUGACACCGAACCACGUGGAAGUUCAUAGAUGAUGUUUAGUACUUCAGAAUGCUUUGGGACGAUGCAUAUCCGUUGUUAGGAACAAACAGUGUAAUUUUGGGGUAGUUGCGAGGUAAGUACUAUGAACCGUUUUCAAAGGGAGGUUACUCUAGUCUGUGCAACUUCGUGUGUGUUUAGACUGUCCGGUCAAGUUGUUUCGUAACAUGACUACAAAAUAAAGGCCGCUGUGAAAAGCU